ACGCUGAUCUAAACUGCGUAAAUGUGAUUUAUUUAUUUAACGAGCGUGUAUGCAUAUAGGCUUAGUAGGCGCCUAUAAGAAGGUAAGAAGUUGAUAGUCUGAGCAAAAUGUAGACUGAUAUCAUUAGAUUUGAUCUAAUGUGUGUGAGCACCCCAUAAUGGAAUUAUUACUACGCGUCUUGAUAAAAUCCUUUAUCCUUAUCUGAAAAUGUUUUGAUGCGAUUUGAUGGAUAAAAAAUUAAAAAUAGAAACGUCUUCAUCGGGAGCACAAUGUCGGAAAGAAGGAAUAAGGUCCAAGUAGCAGGACCUAUGCUUGGAACAACAAAUAUCUCUGAGACUGCUGCCUAUGCAUAUGCAGCCAUAUGUUCCAUCAUAUUAUCAGAACUGUUUCCUCAGGAAUGUCAUCAAGAAUUUAGACAAAGCUAUGUCAAAACAAUAUGCUCUCGAUUGAUGCUAAAUGAAAGGGUUGAACCUGUCAUGUUUAUCUUAGCUCAGGGUAAUAGCGGGCAUACUGAAGAUGCUUAUGUCACUCUUCUCCUGGAAGAUCCUACCAUCAAAGGCAGAGCUGUUGCAAUAGUACAGGAUGUUGUACUGAAUGCUCUUCGUAAUGGGAUAUUGUCAGGAGAAUAUGAUGCAAGACACAGAGUCCUCGCACGAAGAAUAGCUGAACUUCUGAAGGUGCCUUUUGAUUUGGUGGAACUCUAUGAACUUUCCCUAGUUGAGAGGCUGAGUCAGAAAGUAGAGCCACAAACCGAGAAAGAACAGAAGGAUGCUAAGCAUCGCGAGAAGAUCAAGAAGAUUAAGCGAUAUGCAUCGAUUGGUCUUGCUACGAUAACUGGUGGUACACUGAUAGGAGUUACCGGAGGAUUGGCAGCCCCUUUGAUAGGAGUAGGUGUAGGAACUCUUCUAGGCGCUGCAGGAACAAGUGCUGCAUUGGUAUUGUCUACUACAGCUGGAGCAGCCAUUCUAGGAUCAGUAUUUGGAGUUGCUGGAGCAGGGCUUGCAGGAUACAAAAUGAAUAAGCGUGUUGGAGAAGUUGAAGAGUUUGCUUUUGAGUCUCUAAGUCAAUUUCCUGGUAAUGAAAGACAAUUACACAUCGCCAUAGCAGUCACAGGUUGGCUCAAUGACCGUGAACCUGAUAACGUAGUUAGACCUUGGAGAUGCUUAGCUGUCUCCAGAGAACAGUAUGCAUUAAGAUAUGAGACCAAAUAUUUGAUUGAGCUAGGAGAAGCUCUAAAUUACAUAUUGAGCAUGGCUAUGUCAGCUGCUACUCAGGAGGCGCUGAAGUAUACUGUCUUAUCAACUCUGAUGACUGCCAUAGCCUGGCCAGCUGCUCUGCUUUCGAUUUCAUCUAUCAUAGACAAUCCCUGGUCGGUCUGCUGUAGACGUAGUUCAGAAGUUGGUAAGCAGUUGGCUCAUGUUCUCCUAACCAGAGAACAUGGCAAGCGACCUGUAACCUUGAUAGGAUUCAGCCUUGGUGCACGAGUUGUAUAUUACUGUCUUCGAGAAAUGGCACAGGUCGGUGGAGGUCAAGGCAUCAUCCAGGAUGCUAUUAUGCUUGGUACACCAGUAACAAGUAACAAAGAACAGUGGGAGCUGUGCUCUACUAUAGUGGCUGGUAGAAUGGUUAAUGGUUAUUGCAGCGGUGACUGGUUAUUGAAGUUUCUAUAUCGAACAUUGUCAAUGGCGACUGGUGUUGCUGGUCUGGUACCAGUUCAAUGCGACAAGGUCACAAAUGUUGACCUCAGCGGCAUUGUCCACGGCCAUGGUGAAUACUUGGAAAAAUUACCAACUCUAUUAAGGCACGUAGGGUUGAAUACGAGAGAUGUCGAAGUGCAGGAUGAUUCAACUUGCAUGAAAAAAUCGAGUUCAGAAGUGCCUUAUACAUCUGUCAGUCAAAAUACUCUUAAGACGGAUACCAAUAUAAAAAUAUCCCAGUCGGCUACGUGCCUGUCGUCCACAAAGUACCUAGAAUCGAACAACCGUGUCAAGGAUAGUGAUGAGGAACAAUCAUAAUUAAUUAAUAUAUGAUAACAGUAAUCAAAACAGCUUUUAAUCGCGCUACAAACAGUGACAAGAAACUGAGGACCAUGCAAACCGCCCAAAGCUUCUAUUGACUAGAACAAAUAUUUAUAAUAUGGCUUUAAACUUUCAUGGAGUAAAUAAAAACACGCUUGAUUAUAUA